AUGGCUGUAGCCCUUCUGAUGAGCUGCAUUCUUCUCAGCACAGUCUCUGCUGGGAAAAUAAGUGACUUUGCUCGUCGGAAAGGGUAUGGAGCCAAUUUGAAAGGGAAUUUUGGUCAAAGAAGCCCUGAUUGGGGACCUCCCAAGCAGAAGAACUACCGGUUCCUGGGACCGGCUACAGAGCCCUACCAGGUUAAAUAUCUGCCCGACAUCCCGUUCGACAUUGGCGAAGUGUAUGCAGGCCUGGUACCAAUUAACAAGAAAGACCCCUCCCGAGCAUUAUACUUUGUCUUUCAGCCAACAGUCGGCGCUCCUACUGAUGAGAUUACUAUUUGGCUUAAUGGCGGACCAGGUUGCAGUUCCCUGGAGGGCUUCCUGCAAGAAAAUGGCCGAUUCGUUUGGGGUUUCGGUCAAUAUGCGCCAGAAAUCAAUCAAUAUUCGUGGGUAAAUCUCACAAAUGUGCUCUGGGUUGAACAACCUGUAGGAACCGGUUUCUCAACGGGUAAAGUUACAGCGACGACUGAGGAGGAAAUUGCCGCAGAUUUUGUCGAUUUCUUCCUCAAUUUUCAAGAGAUAUUUGGCAUUAAAAACUUCAAGAUUUAUGUCACAGGUGAGAGUUACGCUGGGAGAUAUGUGCCUUAUAUUUCUGCCGCCAUGUUGGACAAGAAUGACACAGAGCACUUUAACUUAUCCGGCGCUCUCACUUAUGAUCCAUGCAUCGGGUCAUUUGAUUAUGUACAAAACGAGGUCCCAGCACUUCCCUUCAUCCUGGAGAACAACAACGUAUUUGGGUUUAACCAAUCCUUUUUGGCUCAACUAGAAGAACUCGACAAGUCGUGCGGGUACGCUGACUACAGGGAAAAGUACAUGUCCUUCCCUCCAUCUGGACCACAACCUCCAACGUUAUUCAAUUACAGCAACCCCGAGGAUCUGGCCUGCGAUGUAUUUGACCUGGCCGCCAAUGCUGCAUAUGCAACAAACCCUUGUUACAAUGUAUAUGAGAUCGGCACACAAUGUCCACUACUCUCAGAUCCUCUCGGUUUCCCAACCGGACUUGAAUACUCAUAUCCUGGCCUCCCUGUCUACUUCAAUCGUACAGAUGUAAAGAUUGCGAUGCAUGCACCACUGGAUGUGUCAUGGUCUGAAUGUAGCAACGAGGCCGUCUUCGUCGGUGGUGACGGCGGUCCCGAGCAAGAGGGGGAUCUCUCAGCGGAUCCAAUCCAGUCCGUCCUCCCACGGGUCAUCGAAGCCACUAACCGCGUCCUGAUAGCAAACGGCGAUCUGGAUAUGAUCAUUCUCACCAACGGGACGCUACUUUCUAUUCAGAACAUGACGUGGAAUGGCAAGAUGGGAUUCCAGGAACAGCCCAGUACGCCCAUCAUCAUCACCCUGCCGGAUUUGCAGUAUGGUCCUCUUUUCAUGUCGGAGGGGUAUGGUGAUAUUGAAGACCCGCAGGGGACCAUGGGCAUUCAGCAUUAUGAGAGGGGGUUGAUGUGGGCGCAAACGCAUCUGAGCGGACAUAUGCAACCGCAGUUCCAGCCGCGGAGUAGCUAUAGGCACUUGCAGUGGCUGCUGGGUCAUAUCGACACUUUGUGA